UGUGUGUGUGAGAGAGAGUGUGUGUUCGGUGACAUGCGUGGUUUCUUCUGUAGGUACUCAGACUUUGUGGUGCAUGAGAUCAAUAAAGAGGGGAGGACGGUUCGUCUGGAUGAUCUGUGUGUUCCUGCUGAUGUGGAGGAGGAGUCUCCGGAGUGCAGUUCGACCGACUCUCAGACGCUGACAGAAGAGCAGAAGCAGCAGCUGGAGGAGCUGCAGCUCUUCAAGAACAAAGAGGCCAGCGUGGCCAUCGAGGUGCAGGAGGAUUCGAAGGAGAAGCGCACUCUUCUGCACAGAGCUGUGAAGACGCUGUAUCCCGGCCUGGAGACCAAGACCGAGGACAGAGACGGGAAGAAGUUCAUCGUGGCGUAUCACGCUGCUGGGAAGACCGCGCUGGCAGAGCUCCGGCCCUCGGCAGCCCCUCGAAAGCACUCGUGGCCGAAGAACCGCGGGAGUUUCUGUCAUUUCGUGCUCUAUAAGGAGAACAAGGACACCAUGGACGCCAUCAACCUCCUGUCCAAGUUCCUCAGGGUCAGACCCAACAUGUUCUCCUACAUGGGCACCAAAGACAAGAGGGCCGUCACGGUGCAGGAGAUCGCAGUGCUGAAGAUCAGCGCUGAGAGACUGUCUCACCUCAACAAAUGCCUCAUGAACCUGAAGCUGGGGAACUUCAGCUAUAAGAAGCAUCCAUUAAAACUGGGAGAACUGCAGGGAAACCACUUCACGGUGGUUCUCAGGAAUAUCUCCGGCUCUGAGGAGCAGGUGGAGCAGGCCAUGACUUCACUCAGAGAAACCGGCUUCAUCAACUACUAUGGCAUGCAGCGCUUUGGCACCACAGCCGUGCCCACACACAGAGUCGGCAGGGCGAUUCUGCAGAACAACUGGAAGGAAGUCGUGGAUCUCAUCCUGAAACCUCGUCCUGGAGCGGAGAAGGGCUAUCUGGUGAAGUGCAGAGAGGAGUGGGCUCGCUCUCAGGACCCUGAGGCGGCGCUGAAGAAGCUGCCGGUCAAACGCUGUGUGGAGGGUCAGUUACUGCGAGGCCUGGCAAAGUACGGCAAAAACAACAUCAUCACAGCCUUCGGACUGAUCCCUCGUAACAACAGGCUGAUGUACAUCCACAGCUAUCAGAGCUACAUCUGGAACUGUAUGGUCAGCAAACGCAUGGAGGCCUUCGGACUCAGAGCCGUGGAGGGAGAUCUGGUUCUCAGAGGAAGCUCGGCUCAUGUUCUGUCCGCUGAUGAGGCAGAUAAACACUCUCUUCAUGACGUGGUGAUGCCGCUGCCGGGGUUCGACGUCAUUUAUCCCACUCACAGUGUGGGUGGAGGCUACAGAGACAUGCUGAGCGCUGAUGACCUGGACAUCGAGCACAUGAGGCACAAGGUUCGGGAUUACUCUCUGGCCGGCGCUUACAGGAGGAUCCUCAUUCGCCCCAGAGACGUCAGCUGGGAGCUGAUCCAGUACGAUGAUCCACGAGUGCCUCUCGUUCACACAGAUGUGGAGAAACUAGAAAACGCUCCGGCUCCGGUCUACCUCAAAGAGGGGAAGUAUGGGGCGCUGAAGAUGGAGUUUUCUCUGCCGUCCUCCACCUACGCCACGAUGGCGGUCAAAAUCAUUUCAAGCCGUUUCAAAUCAUUAUGA